AUUUUGUCCUUUGGUUUCCUGGAGGACAAGAAACUUGCAUUCGACUUUCCUGUCAAAAUCCUUAAUGCGGCAUCUUCCCCUCCAUUCCGAUCAUUUCCUUCGACGUUGUGGGGUUUUUGUUUGGUUCUAGUUUGCGUUGCUGUUCUCUUAUUGCUCUAGGUUCUACCUCAAGGAGUUGAAAAAUGAAGCUUGAUACCAGUGGUCUUCAAACAACCGCCCCGAUGUUUGGGCCAAGAAUGGAGGCUCUGGAAGGGUUUGCAGCUGCUCCAUCCUUUGAGAUCCCUAAUUCCAGUGACUUUGAUGGCUUUCAGAAAGAUGCCAUUCAAAUGGUAAAGCCAGCCAAAGGAACAACCACACUGGCUUUUAUUUUUAAGGAAGGAGUCAUGGUUGCUGCUGAUUCUCGUGCCAGCAUGGGAGGCUAUAUAUCAUCACAAUCUGUGAAAAAAAUUAUUGAAAUCAAUCCUUACAUGCUUGGCACUAUGGCUGGAGGUGCUGCUGAUUGCCAGUUUUGGCAUAGAAACCUUGGUGUUAAGUGCCGCCGACACGAGUUAGCAAACAAGCGCCGAAUUUCAGUUGCAGGAGCCUCCAAAUUACUUGCCAACAUUCUGUACUCCUAUCGUGGAAUGGGUCUUUCUGUUGGGACUAUGAUUGCUGGAUGGGAUGAAACAGGUCCUGGUCUAUAUUACGUAGACAGUGAGGGAGGGAGGCUGAAAGGAACAAGAUUUUCUGUUGGAUCUGGUUCACCCUAUGCCUACGGUGUCUUGGAUAAUGGAUAUCGGUAUGAUUUGUCUGUUGAAGAAGCUGCCGAACUGGCUAGACGAGCUAUUUAUCAUGCAACUUUCCGAGAUGGUGCCAGUGGUGGAGUUGCUAGCGUUUAUUACGUGGGACCAAAUGGAUGGAAAAAGCUUUCUGGCGAUGACGUAGGAGAACUUCAUUACAACUACUAUCCCGUGACACCAACUACAGUCGAUCAGGAAAUGACUGAAGUAACUGCCGCUUGAUGAUUGGAUAUAGACUCGAGCAAGUUAAGACAACACUCCCUGUGGAUUUGUGUUAGGGGCAACUGAUUCUAAAGAGAUGCUUUAAAUGUGGUAUUUUUAAAGUUUAAGUGUUUACAACUCAAGGACAGAACCGUAGAAAGUUCGAUUGGAUCUAGGUUUGGAAACUUGUGCUGCAAGGAACUUUCUGUUGCGUUAUUCUAGUUGUAUGGUUUGUUGGAGGACCUUGUCUGUGUUUCCUAAAUUUUAAAUCCAUUUCUUCAUUGGGACUACCCUCUUUACCA